UUGAUUCCGGCUCUUGUAUCAUACCUGUCGGAGUUUUACAAGCGCCACGACUUGCAAAAACGGAUAACUGUGUUGUUCAGUGCCACGAGCCUUGCAGGCGCAUUCUCUGGGCUUUCAGCCUACGCUGUCAUUCAUCUCGAUGGUAAAAGUGGCAAACCGGACUGGAGUUGGAUCUUCUUCUUAGAAAGCAUCUGCACCGUCAUAGUUGGAGUCGCUUCCUGCUUUUGGGUAACGAAAGAUAUUCCGAGUGCCACCUUCAUGACAGAGAGAGAAAAGUCUGCGUAUAUACGUGCACUCCAAGAAGACACAGCUCUCGACACAGCGGACGAUAAAACUGGUUCUCAAGCAUGUGGUCAGCUUUCACAGCGCCUCACGUUGAAUGUGUGA